CACGCACCCUACGCAGCCAUGUCCUCCUACCCUCGCGUGGCGCUGGUGACCGGGGCCAACAAGGGCAUCGGCUUCGCCAUCGCGCGCGACCUGUGCCGGCAGUUCUCGGGGGACGUGGUGCUCACAGCGCGGGACACGGCGCGGGGCCGGGCGGCCGUGCAGCAGCUGCAGGCUGAGGGCCUGAGCCCGCGCUUCCACCAGCUGGACAUCGACGACCUGCAGAGCAUCCGCGCUCUGCGCGACUUCUUGCGCAAGGAGUACGGGGGCCUCGACGUGCUGGUCAACAACGCGGGCAUCGCCUUCAAGACUGUGGAUUCCACACCGUUUCAUAUUCAAGCAGAAGUGACAAUGAAAACAAACUUUUUUGGUACCCGAGAUGUCUGCAUGGAGCUACUGCCUCUCAUAAAACCCCAAGGCAGAGUGGUUAAUGUGUCUAGCACUGAGAGUCUCAGAGCUCUUAAAAACUGCAGCCCAAAACUGCAGGAGAAGUUUAGAAGUGAGACCAUCACGGAGGAGGAGCUGGUGGGGCUCAUGAAUAAGUUUGUGGAGGAUACGAAGAAUGGCAUGCACAUAAAGGAAGGCUGGCCUAACACCGCGUAUGGAGUGACGAAAAUUGGCAUCACCGUCCUGUCCAGAAUCCAUGCCAGGAAACUGAGUGAGGAGAGGAGAGGGGACAAGAUCCUCCUGAAUGCCUGCUGCCCAGGGUGGGUGAGAACCGACAUGGCAGGACCAAGAGCCACCAAAAGCCCAGAAGAAGGAGCAGAGACCCCCGUGUACUUGGCCCUUUUGCCCGCAGAUGCUGAGGGGCCUCAUGGAGAGUUUGUUACGGAGAAGAAAGUAGAACAAUGGUGAGUUCAACUCAUAGCUCCCGUGGGCCCCAUUAUACUACGUGCCCUGAUUUGAUCAAAAUGGAACACUGGCAAAAAUAUCCCUAUCCAAAAGUAAAAAAAGAAGAGGAAGAAUCAAAA